AUGACAUUAGAUAUUUCUAAGUUCAAUCCAAGACAAAUUCCACAUACAGAAGAGAGACAAACAUUGUUAGAAGCAAACAAGAGUGUUUAUGAACUGUUUAUAGAUGAAACUGACUUUGUGUCAUUAGAUGAAAGGUCUUUAUAUGAUGAAUAUAAACAAUAUUGUCAAGAGUAUGGUUAUAUGGCAGCUUCUAAACGUACAUUCUUGGCAAAUGUCAAAAAUCUUUUAGAUGUUCAGAACGGCGUAUAUACAAAGAAAAAUUUUUCUGAGUAA